UGAGAAAAGAUAAGGCCCGCAAGGUAUUAUAGGGUGGUUUUUCUGGAGAACUCGGAUAACCUGAUAACUUUUUGGGUCAAAACACAGUUAUCGUGGGCGUCUAACACAAAUCACGAUCCAUAUCUAACUCGGAACUUGUCACAGCACACACACUACGUUUCGUCGUACCAGCUGGGCCUUUGUCAUUCUAAACUGGUUCUCGUUGAAACACGUGGAAUGGAUGCAAAGUUUCAUGCCUUUGUUUUUAUAACCGUGGUCUUUUUAUGUUUUCCGGGCCUUCAUAUUGUCAAAUGUCUAACGAGUAACGCGUCAUCUCCGCCAUCUGCCAUGCAAACAGGUUCGACAGGGCUUCCCCGGACGACUGUUAUGUCUACACCCUUACUGCACCCUCUUCUACAACCAAAUCCCAAGGCCUCGUUGCCAAUCUCAAGCUCCACAAUUCAACCAACGCGGCCUACUGAAUCUACGAUAUUUAGCACAUCCUGCUCAGCGGAUGUUAAAAUGAUCAGUCCAGCUCAUGCACAUCUGUUCUCAGGGGCCACUCCGCCCAUUUUGAAGCCAACUGUGCCUCAUCCGCCUAGCUUUGAGUCUGCUUGUUACCACGUCGCGAAAAACGUUUACGUCUAAGGGUACAAAGCUAGAAGCAGGACAUAAAUACUUUGAUAGCCAGGGUUUUAGUACCGAAAGGAGAACACCUAGUCUCGAAAUAUUUUACUUCAUCAAAAAAAUUUGCAUAUAUGUUUAUACAUGUAUGAUGUUAAUGCAAUUCACGACAAUCUUAGUACAUCAAAAUUGAUCACAUAUGCUGGUUUCUUUCGCUCUGAAAAUAACUUUGCGAUUUGAGGGAAAAUACUUAUAUCAUAUCUUA